AUGAGUAAUGCAAAAUCACAAUUGCUGCAAGUCUUGAUAGAGAUUGUAUCUCAAGACCAACACCGUAUAAAGCAAGCAGAAGCUCUUCUUAAGCAAUGGGAAAAUUCACCCAACUUUUUCAUUACUCUCCAAGAUAUCUUUUGUGAUCGUUCGAUGGAUGAGGCAGUUCGAAUGCUUUGUGGCAUUUAUUUGAAGAAUGGCAUUGAUCGAUUUUGGAGAAGAUCAGCAAAAAAUCCCAUAUCACCUGAGGAAAAAAACAUGAUUCGAGAACGUUUACUUCAAUCGGUGGAUGAACCUAGUAAAAAAGCAAGAUAUUCAUUUGUUUGUUUUGUUUCGAAAAAAAAAAAAAAAAAAAAAAAAAAGCUUACUGCGCAGAAUGCAGCCAUCAUUGCCAAGAUAGCGAGGUUAGACUAUCCUCAAACAUGGCCAGAAUUAUUUCCGACGUUGAUUCAAUCGAUUCAAACCGUGGAUUUCCAUCAACAAGACUAUGCACGUCUUGUGCAUUAUCGUAUCUUGGAAAUCUGGAAUGAAGUCUUGCUCGAACUGGCUUCACGACGACUGGUAUUGGGACGUCAACAAUUUGCCGACAUUGUGCCUACCAUGUUCCAGACAGUGGCGCAAGUGUAUGUCGCGUAUGUGGAUCCAGCAGCAGCAGGAACAGAGCAGGCACUUGUGGUGGAAUUGGAGAUUGUCAGUCUAUGUCUUCAGUGUCUAAAAACGCUUUUAUCCAGGGGCGUAAAAGAUAUACAAAGUUAUGAAGAACCCAAGGUGAGAGAGAGAGAGACAACCCCCUCCCCGUAG